AUGGGACCUUUGAAUCUCCUUCCAGCCAUGGUUCUGUCCAUGUGCUGUCAGUUUACAUUUGCUUGGACGGUGAAUAACUUCCUCAUGACUGGACCUAAGGCUUUCCUGACUUAUGCCGGCAGUGUGCAAGUUGGCGCACAAAGUGGAAUACAUGAGUGUAAACACCAGUUCGCGUGGGAGAGGUGGAACUGCCCAGAAAACAGGCUCCAAUUAUCCACACACAACGGCCUUCGAAGUGCCACGAGGGAGACGUCUUUUGUCCAUGCCAUCAGCGCGGCUGGAGUGAUGUACACGCUCACCAAGAACUGCAGUAUGGGAGACUUUGACAACUGCGGCUGUGAUGACUCCAGAAUUGGACAGACAGGUGGUAGAGGAUGGAUUUGGGGAGGCUGCAGUGAUAAUGUGGCGUUUGGAGAGAAGAUCUCCAAACAGUUUGUGGACGCGUUGGAAGGUGGGCAUGACUCACGCGCAGCCGUCAACCUGCAUAACAAUGAGGCAGGCAGACUGGCAAUCAAAGCUACCAUGAGGAGAGCCUGUAAGUGUCACGGAGUGUCUGGGAGCUGCAGCAUCCAAACCUGCUGGAUGCAGCUGGCCGACUUCAGAGAGGUGGGCAACUACCUGAAGCUGAAGCACGAGCAUGCAAAGAAACUGGAGAUGGACAAGAAGCCGGCGAGGGCUGGAAACAGCGCGGACAACCGAGGAGCCAUUGCGCACGCUCUCCGGAGCAUCGCCCGUACAGAGCUCAUUUACCUGGAGGAUUCCCCGGAUUACUGCGUCAAGAACCACAGCCUGGGAUAUCAGGGCACCGAGGGCCGGGAGUGUCUGAAGGGUAACAAGAACAUGUCCCAGCGGGAGAGAAAGAGCUGCCGCAGGCUGUGCUAUGAAUGCGGCCUCAGAGUGGUGGAGAAGCGCAUCAGUGUUGUGAGCAGCUGCAACUGCAAGUUUCACUGGUGCUGCACGGUGAAGUGCGACAAAUGCACUCAAGUUGUGACAAAAUAUUACUGUACACGUAAAGACGGUGGAAGAAAACCACAUAAUAAAACGAGGCGCAGGCACCGUGAGCGCCAGCAAUGA